ACACUUCCUAAUUCAAUGUCAAAUCUUACCCAUGUAGUUUAUCUAGACUUGUCAUUCAAUAACUUCACUGGCCCUCUUCCAUCUUUCAAUAGGUCCAAUGCUCUUAGGAAUAACUCUUUCGAUGGAAGAGUCCCCUCAAGUUUGUUUGCACUUCCAUCUCUACAAAAACUCAUUCUUUCGUACAAUAGAUUUGAAGGCCCAUUGAAGAAACUACCAAAUUGUUCUUCCUCAUCUUUAGAGAUGCUUGAUUUGAGUGGAAACAAUUUUCAAGGUCCCAUUCCCCCAUCUAUUUUCCAACUCAAAAGACUCUUUUUGCUUCAGCUUUCAACAAACAAGUUCAACGGCACAAUAAAGUUGGACAAUAUUCGGAGCCUACCAAAGUUAAAAACAUUUGAUCUGUCUCACAACAAUUUGUCAGUUGUUGGUACAAAUGUUACAUAUGAUCAAGAUUUCUCAUACUUCCCCAUGCUUAACAAUCUUUUGUUGGCUUCAUGCAAGUUGGAUGCAUUUCCUUCCUUCUUGAGAAAUCACUCCACUUUGCUUUACCUUGACUUAUCCAACAACCAAAUUGAAGGAAUCAUACCCAAUUGGAUUUGGAAAUUUGAAUUUUUGAUGGCCCUAAAUCUUUCCAAUAACCUUUUGGUAGGUAUGGAAGGGCCUUUUCAAAAUCUUGGUUCAAAUUUAUUCCUCCUUGACCUUCAUGGCAACCAAUUGCAAGGGCCUGCCCCCAUUUUCACUAAAAGCAUUGCUUACUUGGAUUACUCCAACAACAAUUUCAGCUCAUUCAUUCCAGCAGACAUCGGUAACCAAAUUCCAAACAUAGUUAUGUUGUAUCUUUCAAACAAUAGUUUUCAUGGAGAAAUCCAUGAAUCCUUUUGUAAUAUGACAUUUCUUCGAUUGCUUGAUCUUUCGGAUAAUCGCUUCAACGGCGAGAUUCCAAAGUGUUUGGCAACAAGUGACAGAUCUUUGAGAGUAUUAAGUCUUGCUGGGAAUGAACUCAGUGGCCAUGUACCAGACACAUUCCCAACAUCUUGUGCUUUAAGGUUUCUAGAUUUUAAUGGAAAUCUUUUAGAUGGAACCGUUCCAAGAUCUUUGACAAAUUGUCAAAAUCUACAAGUCUUGAAUCUUGGAAAGAAUCAAUUAAUUGAUACUUUUCCUUGCUUCUUGAAGAACAUUUUGACACUGAGAGUCAUGAUUUUAAGGUCAAACAAAUUUCAUGGGCAUAUUGAAUGUCCUAGUAGCACUGGCAACUGGGAGAUGCUUCAAAUUCUUGACCUAGCCUCCAAUAACUUUAGUGGCUUGUUGCCAUCAUCACUUCUGCAAAGUUGGAAAGCAUUGAUGCAUGAUGAAGAUAGAUCACGGUUUGGGCAUUUAUCUUUUGGUUUAUUUGAUUACAUUAAUCUUAUACAGAAUGUUGGGAUUUUAACCAGAGUUUUCAGCAAUGCUGAUAAGAUGAAAUUUGCUAAGCUUGUUGCCAUGGAGCCACUUUUUGUGGUGGACCACUUUGUCUCUCAUAUCAUGGAAGGCGUAUAUGGUAUUGGUAGGUAUGAGGAUUCAGUUACAAUUGUGAACAAAGGUCAACAAAUGAAGUUGGUAAAGAUUCUCAUUGCCUUCACUUCAUUGGAUUUCUCAUCCAACUAUUUUGAAGGGCCAAUACCAGAAGAGAUCAUGAAUUUCAAAGCAUUGCAUGCUCUUAACUUGUCACACAAUUCUUUCUCAGGCCAUAUCCCUUCAACUUUGGGAAACUUGAGAAAUCUUGAGUCCUUAGACUUGUCAAUGAAUUCUUUGGGGGGAGAGAUUCCGACUGAGCUUGCAAGCUUAACUUUUCUUGCCAUCAUGAAUGUCUCUUAUAAUCAUCUUGUGGGAAGAAUUCCAACAGGUACUCAAAUCCAAUCGUUUGAAGCAGAUUCAUUUAUAGGCAAUGAGGGGUUGUGUGGGCCACCAUUAACCCAAAAUUGUAGUGGUGAAGGAGGACAAGGACUGUCACAACCGCCGUCAUCUGAAACUACUAACUCUCAUAGAAGUAGCUCAAUUGAUUGGAGUUUGUUAAGUGUGGAAUUGGGAUUCACUUUUGGGUUUGGAAUAUUUAUCAUGCCACUCAUUUUGUGGAAGAGAUGGAGGUUGUGGUACUCCAAGAAAGUAGACGAUGCUCUAUACAAGAUUGUCCCUCAGCUUGAUUUCGUAUAUGAACGUCAUGGUGGCAAGAAGUAUAGAUAUUUAAGGUGGAAGCCUUAUUGAUUGUUGUUGCACUUCAUCUUUAUGUUGCUUUUUCUAUUUUAUUUUAUUUUUGUUGUUUCUUAUUUUUCUUAAUUUGUGUGUACUGUGUAGUAAGUAUAAAAAUAAGGACUUCGUUAGCUUGGUUGAAGCUAGCCAUGGAUGGGGAGUAAAAUCGUGAUUAUUUUAUUUGAAGUUGUUUUAGGGUUAGCAUAAGAAACGAAGAUAGUCUAUGUGUUACUACAAGUGUAUUGUAAUUA